CGGCUGUCAUCCAGCUCUACAUGGUGGGUGUCGUGCUCAGCGUCUUCCUCGCCUUCAUCACGCACUCCUGGACCUGGGGAUUCCUCAUGCCCAAGUACUGGCUCUACCUCCUCGCCGUCGUACUCGUAGUCGUACUCAACAAAUUCAUCCUGAUUGGCUACCUGGGCAACGCCUUCCUGUCGGACGGCGACCACAUCCACCGCCCGGCCGCCUGGCUUGCCUUCAUGACCAUCAUGUCCAUCACCAACCUGGUGAUCGGGCUGCUGCUGGCGGUGUACCGCAUCGUGCUGUUGCUGCUGACCACCGUGUUCGCGCUGGGCAAGCUGGAGGUGACCAUCUUCACCUUCUUCUCCUUCCUGGACCUGCCGCACAACAGCUUCCUAGCGGGGCUGCACCUGCACGAGUCCAUGUCCAAUUUCCACGACCCCAUCUACCUGCCCGGACCCCGCGGUGCCGCUCACCGCCGCUGGCGCAAACUGCGGCACACGGUGCGGAGCAUGCCGGCGGAGAAGCUUCGGCUGCUGGCCACCUUGGGUCGGCCCAAGGAGGUGCAGGCGUGUCUUGACCACGUGGUAGUGGACAUGCAGGCGGC